AGGCUGAGAUGAGCGCGAUGAUCGUGCUAUUAAAACAUGAGAGGGGUUGGACAUUUUACGGGUGUUGUCGUUUUGAACGCCAAAGUGUUCGUUCCGUUCGUUCCUGAGCUGCUCGGAAGCAAAUUUGCUUGGUUCGGUCCUACCUCCUUCCUCGUGGUCGACGGAAAUCUUAAUGUCGAUACAGCCUGAGGGCCAGCACGCAUCUUCCCCCUCUCCUUUGGCAGACACUCCGGCAGUAGCUGAUAUAGCCAACGUCAACGGCGCAGUGCGUAAAGAAGAUAACGACGACGGCGAAGGAGAGGAAACACCCAAGGCGAACAACGAGGCAUCGUCGACCACUGCUCCUCCUAUCUCCGUUCCUCAAGAAACGGCCACUACCACUUCUAUCACACAGCUUAACGGCCCCACGUCUAACAUCCCUCCUGAAACCCCCACAUCUGCGCAUAAACUCUCAUCUAAACGCUCAAAAGUGACAACGCCAACUAUGACUUCCAAAGCGCCUCGCAAAAGGUCCAUCUGGAGCUCUUUCUUCGCGAAGCUCAUACCAUGUGUUCCAUCUUCCAAGUCUGCUUCAAUCAUCGUAGACGAUUCGACAACCCCUGCGCGUGACUCAUCUUCUACAAGCAGCGCGCCCGUCAAGCCUGAGCCUAAAUCACCUCCCGCUCUCAAAGAAGAUGCGGCUCCUGCUACUCCCGCAAGCAAAAUAACCGAGAAACCUGUUCCUUCCACACCCACGCGUCCACCUCCAUCGCAGGUACCAACACUCAACAUCGAUACAAAAGCUGAUGAACUCGUGCCGCCUACCCCCGUCAAAGCUGAAAUCGUCGUUCCCCCCACCCCAAAAACUCAUUUGCUGCCUGAAUCAGAGACUGCUGGUGUUACAUCUGGUGCUGUUCAGCCUCCUGGAUCCACUGGUACGGAGCAUGAUGACGAAGCAAUGCCUAUCUCUGAUGAUGAGGAUGGUGAACAAAAUGGCGAAAGCACCGCACAGGAGGAGGACGAUGAGGACAGACUAAUAUUGCAAGGUGGCAAUGGGAUCCCCAUCAUCGAUGGCGUGCCAAGACCGUUGUUACCUCCUCGUCUACCGGAACACAAGGGGCGGAAAUGCUUAGUGCUAGACCUGGACGAAACGUUGUUACAUUCGAGCUUCAAGAUGAUACCCCAGUGUGACUACGUCGUCCCGGUUGAGAUCGAAUGGCAGUGGCACAACGUGUACGUUAUCAAGCGACCAGGUGUCGAUGCAUUCCUUCAGAAGAUGGGCGAACUAUUUGAGAUAGUUGUUUUUACUGCUAGUCUCAGUAAAUAUGCGGAUCCCGUCUUGGACAAACUUGACGUCCACAAGGUAGUCACACACCGGUUAUUCAGGGAAAGCUGCUAUAACCACCGGGGCAACUACGUCAAGGAUUUAUCUCAGCUCGGCCGUCCAAUUGCCGAAACAAUCAUCUUGGACAACUCUCCCGCCUCCUAUAUCUUCCACCCGAACAAUGCCGUACCUGUCUCGUCGUGGUUCAAUGACCCGCAUGACACCGAGCUUACGGAUCUCUGCCCGUUCCUUACUGAUCUGCGAGUUGUAGACGAUGUCCGCGGUGUGCUGGAUGGUGGUCUAUGAGUCCCUGCAACUCGAGCCAUCGUUUCUGGUGGACAGAUGUUACACGGUAUAAGGAGAAGGUGGCAUUCGUAACGGACGUUUGCGUUCAUUUUUGGGGUUAGUCUCGAUCCCGUCACUCAUUCGCUUCCCUUCAUUAUCUAUUUCUGAUUUUUCUCGUGUUGCGGCACCUCUUGUUGGGCACCGGAUUAACGAUUAAUCUUUCUCCAAACAGUGUGCUUGUUACAAAUUUCUCUCGCGGUUCUCAAUUCUCAUACUUCAUAUCCUUAAUCGCAAGCAAUGGACAAUUCGACCGGUCCGAGUUCUUCAACUAUUUACUUAUCCUAUUCUUUUGA